CAGAUGCUGCCUAUUUCUUUCUGAUACUUUCUGCUCUCUGUUGGCUGAAAUGAAACCGAAAGCUUCCAGCAGGAGAGGAGAGGCAGAGAGAGCAGGACUGACCAUCAGUUCAGACGGAGGCGCAGCGACGUGAGGCAGCGUCAGGUGAGUGUCUGCGCUUCCAAUUGGCUUCCGCUAGAAGUCUGUCAGAGUGAACAAAACGAACUUCAGGAAAGACUUGAUCAACAGACCCAAUAGAGAAGGCUAGAUCUCAGAUCACACGCUGUCCGACAUGAGUCUCCAGGUUUGCCACUGUGGUUGGUCCAAACAUACCACCUACCAUGGCCUGAGAAUUCACCAGGGAAAGAAGGGAUGCACACCGAAGGGAAUGCACAUCCCGGAGAACAAACUAGUUAGCUACUUUCCACGAAGUUAUAUCCAACCAAGACUAUUCAGUUCAGUCGACCUUUCCAUGGAUAUCUUCAAGACUCCUAUAAACUUUGACCCUUCAGGAUUUGAGGAGCUGCAGGUUUGCCACUGUGGGUGGUCCAAAGUAACCACUUACCAUGGACUGAGAACUCACCAGGGGAUGAUGGGAUGCACACCAAAAGGACCGAGGAUCCCAGAGAGUAACCAGAACUUCCGGAGCAACAUGUUGGAGCAACCUUAUCAAAUGGACAACUGGUCAAUUCUGAACACUCCAGUAAAGGAGGAGAAACUGUUCAUGUCUCCAAACCUCCGCACCCAACUGAAUUAUGGGCUGACUCAAACACUAACACAGGACAUGAACCAACGAAUGGUCAAAACUGAGCAGGAUUCUCAACAAAUGGCUCCAACCUUGAAUACUACCACAAUUCCAUUUGGUUCCCAGCAGACAGAGACAGAUGCAUCAUCACCGUCAACAGAUUUGAUGAGUUCUCCACCAUCACACAUCCUGCUAACCGAGUCCAACUCAUCAAUUUUUCAGACUCCACAACAUUCCCGUCGUGGUUCUCUAUCCUCAGACAACGCCUGCAGAUGGCUUGACUUUUCUUCUGUUUGUCUUAUGGUUGACUCAGACUCAGAGACUGAAACAAACACACAUAUGGAUACAGUUACUGAAAAGAAGACAAAAAGAGAAGCUGAAAGGCUGCUGCAGACACAGAAAGACAGGAUGAAGGUCCUGUUACAGCAGAAAAUUCACAUCCGAGAGCAGAAGAUGACUGAAGUCAGAUCAGCUGUGAAAAGCUGCAAGGGCAGUUUGGAUGAUGAAUGGCUGCAGAUAGACAGUGUCUUCUCAGAGGUGAUGAAAGUUGUGGAAGACGCUCGGAAGAAAGCUCUCGAGCCAAUCGAGAAGAGGAGACGAAAGGUAAAAAGAGACGAACAGAAUCUCCUGCAGAAGCUGCAAGGAGAAAUUGAUAGACUCAGAGACUCCAUUGAUAAACUGGGCAGAAGCCGAGACUUGCAGGCCUUUCCACCUUCAAACCUGGAUGGCUCCAAAGAGAUUAAAGAUCUAAAAGUCGACACUUCCUUCUCUUUUGGUACCUUGAAAGCAACAACAUCUACCAUGAUGAAAGACAUCCAGUGGCGUCUGGAAAACCUCUCUUCCCUCGAGCUCAAAAGGAUUGCAACCUUCACAGUGGAUGUAAAGCUGGACUCAGCCACGGCCCACCAGUCCCUCGUCCUGUCCAACGACGGGAAGAGAGUGAGAGACGGAGGAGGGAAGCCGAAAGCUCCUGACAAUCCGGAGAGGUUCGACACAUUUGGCAGCGUCCUCGGGAUCAAUCGCUUGAACCGCGGCAGGGCGUACUGGGAAGUAGAGGUGAAAAACAAAAGCGGCUGGGAUCUUGGUGUGGCACGGCGGAGCGCAAACCGCAAAGGGGUGCUCAAUGUCAACACAGACAACGGUUAUUGGGUGGCCGUGCACUUCAAAGACAGGAAGUACGCAGCCAUGACGGUUCCCCCCACAAGCCUCCCGCUGAGCGAGAAACCCCAAAAAGUCGGAGUGUUCGUUGACUAUGAGGAAGGCGUUGUGUCGUUUUAUGACGUGAUGAACAAGUCGCACAUUUUCUCGUUCACCGAGUGUUUGUUCAAUGAAGACAUUUUCCCUUAUUUCAGUCCGCAUCCUAAAAUGAAUGAUCAAAAUGUUGAUCCACUGAUUAUAUCUGCUGUCUAAAAGCACAUGUCAUUAUCUUGAGUUGUAGGAUAUUCUCACCAUAAAACCCUUUGGAAAAAUACCACAUAAUAAUCACUAGUGUCACACGUGUGGUAACAAUUUUAAUAUAUUCUUUAUUUUUUUAAGUUGAUCUACAAGUCUAUUUUUUCAAAUAAAUAUCCAUGACAUCCUGUUUCACCAGAUGGUAAAAAUCAUGUUAUGCUCGGUGACUCAGCCACUCUUCAAAAUUUGAAACAUGCAAUUCACGUAAGGCAGAUCUUCAUACGUCAGGAAACGGCUACAAGAACGUAACUACUGACCUAACAUCUCUGUAGUCAAACCAAACUGGAACAAUUUUAAAACAUCCAACUGUGGCAAACAAAGUUCAACAAAGACUAGGUGAAGGUCGAUUACUGGCAUCAAGGCAACAUUUCCCCUUAUGUAAUUCUUAUAUAAGGGGAAAUGUUAGAUUGGAUUCCUUUGAAAGUGCCAGACUGACUUACGUUUUCUCUGGUUGCUUAAAGCACCAACUAAACAACCCACACAACUAGUAGAAGGCUACUAAACAUUUAUCUCCAAGAUACAUUCAAGACCUGUUUUCUUGGAUUCCAAUAUGUUCAGUCGUCAAAAACAGUUAUAGUAAUGUUGUGGAAGGUAAAGUAACACCUUUUAAAAGUUAAAGUUGGAAAUAAAAAUAAAAAAACUACUGCUGACUAGCUACCUAAGCAGAUGGCUAAGCUAAUUAGCCAGCUUAUAUUCCCUUGUUUAAUUCCCUUGUAGUUUCUAACUUUAGAAAAAGCAGAACACCAAAAAGGCUUUUUGCGUUGAGAAACCCAACUAUGAGAGGGACCGCUGGCUACUUAUUUUAACAGACCUUUGGUGUUUGUUUGUUUUUUUCCAGUACUGGCACUUCAUUAUUGUCAAAAACAUUUCAAUAGCAAGUUAAGAAAUAUGCAACAUCUUAACUUGAAUACUUGAAACAAUAUGAAUGUAUGAAUGUCUUAAUCUGGUUAUUUUUUUUAAAAAGAUGAGGAUUAUACUUGGGAAUUAUUUCUUGUAAUCUUAUUUAGGGUUGUGUAAUGACUGUGAUGUAGAUAAAAGGGAAAACAAUAUAAAUGCACUGUUUGCAUUUUAUAAUCAAUUAAAAAUGCUUUGCUUUGUUACUUUUUUUGAUUGCCUAUGUUGCAGAAUAUUAUUGAAUUAACUUUUUCCUUGUUUUUCCUGCAAUUUUGGUCACCCAUUCGUUGAUAACAUGUUGAGUUUUGGCUUUCUGUUGAUCAGAUAUAAUGGUGGAUGUGACAAUAAAACUUUUUGUUCAAAGAAAUGCAAAUUCAGCAAAAAAAAAAACAACUAAGUUUUUCUUCAACUGUAAAAUUGUUAUAAUAAAAGAGAAGGUAU